AUCAAGCAGAAGAAGAAAAGGUUCUACGGCUGCCCUCCAAGCCGAGGCGAAGUGACGUGCUCCAUUUUAAAGUUGCUCUUCAACUUAAAAUACUAUUUUUGUUUUAGUUUUAAAAAAGGACAGCAGGUCAAACAUGGCGGGGACUCUUGUACGGAAAGCUGUUGACCACCUAAAGAGCAAAGAAUUCAGAGAUUAUUUGAUGAGCACGCACUUCUGGGGGCCAGUAGCAAACUGGGGUCUUCCUGUGGCAGCCAUUACAGAUAUGAAGAAGAGCCCUGAGAUCAUCAGCGGCAGGAUGACCUUCGCUCUGUGCUGCUAUUCAGUGCUCUUCAUGCGGUUUGCCUACAAGGUGCAGCCACGAAACUGGUUACUGUUUGCCUGCCAUAUGACCAAUGAGACGGCACAGCUGAUCCAGGGAGGUCGUCUCAUCAAAUACAACAUGGAGAAGAAGAUGGCCAAGUCUUAGCGGCAAAGGGAAACACAGAGAACGUGUCUGCAAGGAAAACCACUGAAAUGUGCAUCCAAACAAUUUUAUCAACAAAACAAAGGCACUUUCUUGUGGGUGGAAUUUUUUCUUUUAAUACCUUGGGCAUCACUGAUUGACCAUCCUCAAGAAUUUUUGUCACUUUUUAUGACACAAACAGAUGAUGCUGUGAUAGAUUUUUGCAGCAUUCAACAUGAACCAGUUACAAUGUGCAUCACUGCGCACAUUCAGCCAAUCUGCCUUUGCACAUGAGAGUUACUGGGUGUCACACUGCAGCUGAACUGAAGCAUUUUUUAAUCCUUAAAAUAAUUAAAGACAAAUUUAAAGGUGUAGAACUAAUAGUUUUUCCUUUUUGAGCUCUGGAAGACAGCAGUACGUUAGGAUCUAAUUUGACCAUAACAAUAAAUGAUUAAACGGCUAAAAAAAAAUGUAACUGUGGUACAAGCUGCUUAUCCCACUGAUUUCCAAAUACGUAUGUAAAAUUGUUGUGAUCACACACACUAAUUUAUUCUGUGUAGUUAUUUAAUCCUGUUUUAUGGUCUGAUUCUGUGUUUGCUGAAUAAAGUGGCAACAGACACCUUGAA